CAACUUUCUCCCAAAACUUUUAGAAGUCCUGUCCCUUCCCCCGCAUGCGCGUACACUCUUUUCCCAGCUCAUUUUUCCUUUCUGUCGUCUUCUUCCAGAGUCAAUGCCUGUGUAGAUGUAAUCCUCUCCGGUGUGAAGCUCUUGCAGGCACUUGGUCUUGAUCCUGGGAAUGGGAAAGAUCAUGCUGUCUUAAAUUCCAGAAAGGAUCUGAAAGAAGCCUUCAUCCAUUUCAUGCAAAAAGGGGCAGCUGCUGAGCGCUUCUUCAGUGAUGCGGAGGCCUUCAAUCACAUUGCACAAGCAGCCUCAGAAUACCCAGGGGCACAGCUCUAUGUGGGAGGAAAUGCUGCCCUAAUUGGUCAGAAACUUGCAACAAAUCCAAACUUGAAAAUACUUCUUUGCGGUCCAGUUGGUCCUAAACUCCAUGAACUACUUGAUGAUAAUGUAAUUGUCCCACCAGAAUCUAUGCAGGAAACUGAUGAAUUCCACCUUAUCUUGGAGUAUCAAGCAGGUGAAGAAUGGGGACAGAUGAAAGCUCCCAAUGCCAACCGCUUUAUCUUCUCCCAUGACCUGUCAAAUGGAGCCAUGAACAUGCUGGAGGUGUUUGUGUCCAGCCUGGAUGAGUUUCAGCCAGACCUUGUAGUGCUCUCAGGGCUUCACAUGAUGGAAGGGCAGAGCCAGGAAAUACGAGAGAAGAGACUUCUGGAGGCUGUGACCUCUAUCUCUGAUAUCCCCACCGAUAUCCCCAUACACCUGGAAUUGGCUAGUAUGACUGACCAGGAUUUCAUGAGCAAGAUUAUGCAUCAGGUCUUCCCCCUGGUGAACUCUGUUGGGCUAAAUGAACAAGAGCUGCUGUUCCUCACCCAGUCGGCUUCUGGUCCUCAUGCCUCACUGGCUUCCUGGAACGAGGUUCCAGACGUGGGUAUCGUCAGCGACAUCCUGUUCUGGAUCCUGAAGAAGCACGGCAGGACCAUGGACAAGGCAUCGAACCUCACCCGGAUCCACUUCCACACACUGGCCUAUCACAUUCUGGCUACUGUGGAUGGGUACUGGGGAAACCAGGUAGCAGCUGUGGCUUCUGGAGCCAGAGUGGCAGGGACACAGGCUUGUGCGACUGAAACCAUUGACACUGACAGAGUCUUUCUUAAAGCUCCCUUGGAAUUCGUGACAUCCCGUACCGAGGCCCCCUCCAGAAUCUCCUUCAGCCCAGAUGAUCCAGUGGUUCAGUGGCACAGAGAGGGAAUCUCAUUCCAUUUCACCCCCGUUUUGGUGUGUAAGGAUCCCAUCCGAACUGUGGGACUUGGAGAUGCUAUUUCAGCUGAAGGACUCCUAUAUUCAGAACUCUACCCUCAGUAGAGAUGCCUUUUUCUCCAGGAAUAUAGUGUCUGAGAAAUAUGGUGUUCUCAGCAGGAUUUCAGACAGUGCAGUGGAGGGAUGGGGGGGUGUAAUAUGAGAUAUUAAACAGUCUCUGGAUAUUAUCUGAGAAGAGCCAAAGAAUAAUACAUUCCAGCCACUUGGCAUUGACUUGAGUUUCUCAUUUUAAUAUAAAAGCUGUAGAAUUUUAAUUCAAAGACUGCCUUUUUGUUUUUGUCUUAAGCUGUCAUGAGGAGGGAACCUGCUACCAAAAUCCCUAUUUGGAACAGAGUUGCUGAUUGCUAACUUAAGCCAGUCUUGUCUGCAGUGCUUGAAAACAAGGCAGCCAGACAGAAUUUCAUGCCUAUGAAUCCCAGGGAGUACCCAGCAGUUCUCAGCCCUGUCUUGCUUCUGAUAAAGCAAAACUAAAGGCUCUUGCAUUAUCUCCUAGCAGCAUAUUGUGACAUUGCAAGAACAACUCUCCACUGGUUCCAUAUUGUGAUCCUAUCACUUCUUACAAAAUGACUGCUCAACCUCAGUACCCAUGUGUGGGAGGGAGCCAGAGUAAACAAUAUUGAAAUGAGACGUACCAUACAUACAUCCUCCAUGCACAGAGCUGGAGAGAGCUUUCCUGGACUAUCUGUGAGUUGUGCUCGUAUCUGGUCUGCGUAGCUGUGGCUGUACAUAUAGGAUCCUCUUCAAUUUCUGGGUGGCCAGAGUAAGAUACUCAAGGCCUGUCUUUUAGGAGAUAGAUUAUUUGCUUGUUUACCUUAAAAUGAGCCUCAAAUCUAAAUGUAACUUAGCUGCACAGAAAUCGCCCUGUGUUUUAGCUAGUGAGACUCCCCAUUUAUGCUUUUCUGGCUGGCGUAUGCUCAUGUCAGCUUCUUCCUUGAGGUCAUACAUAGACUAUUGCUGAUGAAAACUUGAUUUACUUUUAUGCUAGUGCUAUAAUUUUCUUGGACAUGCUUAUCUUUGGUUCAGAGGGGUUGGGUGGUCUCUGGAGAGAGAAGUUAUUACUAGUUUAAGGUAGCUGACCUGACCUGUCCCUCACACAAGAAAUACUAGGAAGAAGCCUUCUGAUUGGCAGUAUAUUUGGUGUGUGUCGCAGAGUUAAUUAUGAUUUGUGUUUCAGUAUAUUAUUCCACUGCUUGUGGCAACUUUGUAAAUCACAAGAACAGAGCAUGCACGUCAUACUGUGAGAACAAGAGAACUGUCUUGUACUGUAGGAUAUAUUUCGCGUACAGUUUUUUAAUUAAAUGUUAUUUGCCAUUU